UGCCACCACAACGAGAUUAACUAACAUGCGCCAGCAGUACAAUUUUGGGCCCCACAGUCUAUCUCAUCACAGCCGUCGGAUUGUCAUACUAAGAAUUUUUGACCAAAUUAAAUAUUUUAUCUAAGCUAGAAAAGUAAAACCCCCACUCUCUCAUUCUCUCUGUAUCUGUCUCUGUCUGUCCCUGUCUCUUCUAAUUUGUUUCUUCCUUUUCUUCAAAAUCUUUUUGAUUGAGUUUUUCGAGAUUGAAAGGAUUGGGAUUUUUUUUUUUUUUUUUUUUUGUGUUUGUGAAUUUUGUUUUUUAAAUGUUCUCUUUUUCAAGAUUAUUUGAUCUUCUUUUCUGGUCAGUUAAUCUAUUGCUCUUUGCCUUAUUGUUACUUUCAUACAUCUAAUCUGAUAAAAAGUGAAACUUCUUUUAUCGUUCUUUUGCUUUGCUUUGUAUUAAAGCCUUAAAUUUUUCUUGUCAAUUUUGUGUCAUCUUGUCUCUUUAAAUUUUCUUGUUGUUUUAGGUUUCUUGAUUCUAUCUUUUUUGAAGCUUGAUCAUUUCAAAAUGAGCGUUGACUUUAAAGCUAGAUUGUCAAAUUUUGAUGUGCUAUCUUACUAAACUCAAGGAAGAUUGAAUUUUUGGUUUUGGGUUGGUUAAUUCUUGAUGUUUUAAUCAUCUGGGAAACUGGGGUUCUUGUUAAAUAGCGAAGUCUUUGAACGUUUUGCUCAUUUUUGUUUGAUAAAGUCGGUUUUUUUUUUAAAAAGAUAUUUGGUGUUUGUGUGAUUGCCAAUGGAUAAGGAUGUUAUGGAUACUAAUGGCUUCACAAAUAAGCCUUUGAUGACUGUAGACUCUGAAAAAGUUGAGAACCAUAGCGAUGAUAGAGAAGAUUAUAGUGAAUCCAACACUUUGUUGCCUCCUAGAACUGGAGGUAUGUCAAGAAAUCCAGAAAGAGUGAGGAGAAAAGUCCAGUGGAAUGAUAACAAUGGGAAUAAACUUGCUGAAGUUUUAGUAUUUGAACCAAGUGACAACAGCGAUUCUGAUGAAGAGGAGACGGAUUCUUGCAUCUGUACCAUAAUGUAGAUACUUUAGUAUGAUGAUUUGUAGGUAUCUGCAGGAUAAGUCAAUGAAGCAUUCUUUUUAUGACCACGCAUUUGAUAAUUGGAAGUGAAUGUGACAGGGCUACUUUUCAACUUCUUAUUCAAGGACCAAACUUUUAAAGGCUGAGAAGGCAACAUGUCAUGCUUUCCCACAUUUUUGUGCUGCUUGCCAAAGUGAGAUUUAAUACCAGUUCUUGACUUAUGUGAUAAUUUUGAUCACAAGCAGCUACAAACUGAGAUGAAUGUCAUCUCAGGAACUGAAGAAGAUAGCAAUAAUGCGACCAAGCUUGCAUGAUCACAAGCUGAACAUGUGUGUAAGAAUUAAUCAUUUUCAGCCUGACAUGCUGAUAUGUGAGAGAUGAAGACCACACCAGAUUACUUUUGAUGAUUGUUUGCACAAGUUGCAGUUACUUCAAACUCUAAUUAUUUUAUUUUGAUUAGGAGCAUCUUUUGUGUCAGAUUAGGCCCUGCAUGUUUACAGGAUAAGUUAUCAAGUUCUCCUCCAUUGAACCUCGUUUCGCUAAGCUCCUGAGAUGAGUAUGAACUAAUGUACAUUUUGAUUCA